GCAGUAUUGACUAAUAAGAAAGCUGGAAUAGACAUGUCUGUUACAUAUUUAAAAUAAAGUUUAUCGAACUGACAAAACAUUACCAUACAAUGAGUGAAGUUAAUGAAACACCUAGAGUGGUUUUAAUGCCGAUAGAUGGCAGUGAACAUGCUCAAAGAGCAUUCCAGUGGUACAUAGAAAAUAUGAAGCGUCCAAAUGAUAUUGUAAAGUUCAUCAAUAUUGUUGAGCCAGUUUAUGCGACACCUGCUGUUGGACUAACCAUGGAGACACCACCCCUAACAGAUAUUACCAAAAUGAUGCAAGAUAGUAUUGAUAACGGAAAAGUAUUAGGAAAGAAAUAUAUAGCUGAAGCAAAGCAGUGUGGUGUGAACUGUCAAGCUUUUCUUCAUGUGGAUACUCGACCUGGUGCUGCUCUACUGAAAUCGAUCGAAGAUCACAACGCCAAUGUGAUUAUCAUGGGGAACAGAGGUCUUGGUGCAAUUCGACGUACUUUUCUUGGAAGUGUUUCUGAAUAUGUAUUACAUCAUGCUCAUAUUCCCGUUAUAAUAGUUCCACCGAAAGAAAAGCAUUAAUGAUGAAAUCUUUUUUCUCUUGAAGAUGAUUAUGAUAUGAUUAUGAUUAUGAUAUUUAUUCAUGUAAGAUUUACUGUCAUUUACUACUGAAAUGUUUUCAUCAAGGAAUUGACUAAUUAAACUUUUUAUAUCAUGAUUUCAAAAUAACUGUUGUUCUAUGAUUUCAUUUUUUGUUUGUUAACAAUUUAAGUUGAGAUGUAAACGUACUUGGUGUAGUAGAGUCCUAAUCAACAGUCUGUAGGUUAAUAACAAGAAACACCCUACUGAAUGAAUAAAACUCAGUCACUAGUCACCUUUAAAGUGUUAUUUCCUUACACUUUAAAAGAUGAGACGAAUGAGAAUUUAGUUAGUUAGCUAUGCGAGUGGAGGGGGCUUGAUUCCCCGUCAGAGACCCCUGAAAUCUC